AUUUUAAAGAAAGAUCAUGCAAUAUGCAUGUGAAGAUGCUGAGAAAAGAACACAAAGACUUCACAGCCCUGGCGCAGGGCGGAAUAGAUGCAACAAUAUUUCGAGAAAAGAAAACGCUAUCAGUAAACGAAUCUCGUAUUAAUCAAAUGCUACUAACAAAAGGUUCAACGACAUGUAUUAUCAUCUUAAUUUAGUUCCUAGAAUUACGUACAUUUUAAGCACAUAUUUUAAACCUCUUACAUCCUUCCAGGUAAAUGGUGGGGACCACAGAAUCGCCAGCCAAUACUCGCACUCCACGGUUGGCAGGACAAUGCCGGUACAUUCGAUCGUCUAUGUCCACUGCUGCCGGCGCACAUUCCAAUACUCUGCAUUGAUCUCCCCGGCCAUGGUAAGUCGUCACACUAUCCAAAAGGAAUGCAGUAUUUGAUCUUUUGGGAUGGCAUUGCCCUCAUACGGCGCAUAGUACGCCGCUACGGUUGGGAGAAUAUGACACUGAUGGGCCAUUCCUUGGGUGGCGCAUUGACUUUCAUGUAUGCGGCUAGCUUCCCAAAUGAAGUGGAAAAACUCAUUAACAUCGAUAUUGCUGGACCAACAGUGCGCAAUGUUGACCAUUCUGCGGAAAAAACUGGCUGGGCAAUAGAUAAAAUGUUGGAUUACGAGAAUUUAUCGCUGAACAAGAUGCCCUGCUAUAAUUAUGAAGAAAUGAUUAAAUUAGUUGUAGAUGCGUAUGAUGGUUCAGUGGAUGAAGAGGGUGCAAAGGUGUUGAUGCGGCGUGGCAUGUCACCAACACCAGCCGAAAUAAAAAAGGAUGGAUUUAAUUUUGCACGCGAUGUGCGCUUGAAAGUGAGCUUGCUUGGCAUGUUCACGAAAGAGCAAGUUAUAGCUUAUGCAAAGCUUAUACGCUGUAAAGUACUCAAUAUACGUGCUGAUCCCGGCAUGACGUUUCAAAAUCCACUAUUUUACGCCGAGGUUAUUGAAACGCUGAAAAAGAACGCAGAGUUAGUGAUAUUUGAGAAAGUACCUGGUACGCACCAUUUGCAUCUGGUUACCCCGGAACGAGUGGCGCCCGUAAUAGCUGAUUUUAUGUUAAAGUCUUAAAUAUGACUAGUUGAUUUAGUAGAGGCUCUAAUCUACAUUAUAAUACUAGUAACAUCUAAAUAUAUUUUUUAAGAAAUUAAGCAUGUGUAUGCCACAAGUGGAUUUUAAAAUUAAUUGACGUAAGAAUGAAAAUUAUCAAGUAUUAAAUGUUUGCACUUCAGGAUGCGUA